AUGGCGACGCCCACCAGCACCGUCGCCGCCGGCGGCAACAGGCAUUGGCAUUCCAUCCAAGUCCUCCCACUGCUUUUGCUAGUACCAUGCUUCGCGCUUCUGGUUGAGAGCGGCGGCAUCCCCACGACGCUGGACGGGCCGUUCCCGCCGGCCACGCGCGCGUUCGACCGCGCGCUGCGGCAGGGCAGCGACGACGUCCCGCUCUCGGACCCGCGCCUCGCGCCCCGCGUGCAGCCCCCGGCGCCCGAGCAGAUCGCGCUCGCCGCCUCCGCCGACGGCGACUCGCUCUGGGUCUCUUGGGUCACGGGCCGCGCGCAGGUGGGCUCCAACCUCGCGCCGCUCGACCCCGCCGCCGUCCGCAGCGAAGUCUGGUACGGCGAGCGCAGCGCCGCCGACGCAGCUUCCUACCCGCACGUGGCCACAGGGUCCGCCGAGGUGUACAGCCAGCUGUACCCGUACCCGGGCCUGCUCAACUACACCUCCGGCGCCAUCCAUCACGUCCGCCUCCGAGGCCUGCGCCCGGCCACGCGCUACUACUACCGCUGCGGCGACAGCAGCCUCCCCGGCGGCCUCAGCGACGAGCGCUCCUUCACCACGCUGCCCGCCACCGGCGCCGGAUGCUACCCGCGCCGCGUCGCUGUGGUCGGUGACCUUGGCCUCACGGGGAACUCCACCGCCACCGUCGACCACCUCGCCCACAACGACCCAUCCCUGGUCCUCAUGGUUGGGGACAUGACCUACGCGAACCAGUACCUCACCACCGGCGGCAAGGGAGUCCCCUGCUUCUCCUGCUCCUUCCCCAAUGCUCCGAUUCGGGAGUCCUACCAGCCAAGAUGGGAUGGAUGGGGAAGAUUCAUGGAGCCGAUUACAUCGAAGAUUCCACUGAUGGUAAUAGAGGGGAACCAUGAGAUUGAACCGCAGGGUCACGGUGGAGAGGUGACCUUCGCAUCUUACUUGGCACGGUUCGCUGUUCCAUCCAAGGAGUCUGGAUCCAACACCAAAUUCUACUAUUCCUUCAACGCCGGUGGCAUCCAUUUUAUCAUGCUCGGUGCGUACGUCGACUACAACCACACAGGAGUUCAGUACUCGUGGUUGGAGAAGGAUUUGCAGAGGGUUGAUCGACGAGUCACCCCUUGGGUCGUGGCUGCUUGGCAUCCACCUUGGUAUAACAGCUAUUCCUCGCACUACCAGGAAUUUGAAUGCAUGAGGCAAGAAAUGGAAGAGCUUUUAUAUGAAUAUCGGGUUGACAUUGUUUUCUCAGGACAUGUACAUGCAUACGAAAGGAUGAACCAAGUAUUUAACUACACAUUGGACCCCUGUGGCCCAGUUUACAUUGGCAUUGGAGAUGGCGGGAACAUUGAAAAAAUUGACAUUGAUCAUGCUGAUGACCCUGGAAAGUGUCCCUCACCAGGCGAUAACCACCCUGAAUUUGGUGGGCUCUGCCAUCUGAACUUCACUUCUGGCCCUGCCAAAGGCAAAUUCUGCUGGGACCGACAGCCGGAAUGGAGUGCAUACAGAGAGAGCAGUUUUGGUCAUGGGAUCCUAGAGGUCCUGAAUUCAACAUAUGCCUUAUGGACAUGGCACCGUAACCAGGACGCAUAUGGAGAGAACAGUGUGGGAGAUCAGAUCUACAUUGUACGACAGCCUGACAAGUGUCUUCUGCAGCCAACUAGUGCGUCAUCCCUCAAUUGGUGA